AUGGCGGACGCAGCAGUAUACUUCAAAGGUGAAGCUCCUGUGAAGGCUUUGUACAUCAAGAAAUCCGAUUCUCUACCUCCCUAUAAAAGAAUCAAUGACGCUUCAUCAAGCUCAGAUGUAGCAGAUGCCAAACGUGCCAAACCUGAUGAAGAAAGCUCCGAUCUGCCAGAUUCCAAACGUACCAAAAUCGAUGAAUCGCUCAACGACGAUGAUCUUGAAGCCGCAGGAAAGUCAGAACAUCAAACAUCAGACAAUCGCACAAAAAAGCGAUUCGACAAAAAAGAUAAACGAGGCAUGAAUAAGAAAAGAGAAGUACAACAUCUAUCUGAUGCAUCAAACUUGUGUCCCCACUGGGAAGAUUGUCCUCGAGUCAAAGAUGGUCGACCAUGCAAAAAUGGACACGAUCUAGCCGAAUACUUGAAGACCAAACCUGCUGAUGCUCCUGGUACCUGUUACCUCUACGAGACGUUUGGCUUUUGCCAGUAUGGAUUUAGGUGUCGAUGGGCUGGAUCUCAUGUAGAUGUAGCAACUGAAAAGAACCUCGUCAACGAACCCCUAGAUGCCUCAAUACAAGCUGCUGGUCCACGAACACUCAAUGUUACCUCGAAGGCAACUAUGGUGGCUGUCAGGAAACGUCAAACUCCUACUCCUAAAAGUAAAGAGUAUAUAGAUAUCAUAUUGCCACAAUACCAGAACCAACGUCAAGAGCCUGUCGCUGCUUCCAACGGAACUAGUAGCAGUGCCGCAGUAGUAGAUAAACGAGAAGAUACUAUUUUAGAAGAUGAACCUGUUGAUGCUAAGGAGAUGCCAGACUUAGCCGGUCCUACUACAUCGCCACAAAACGAAGAUGUCAAAGUCGAUCAAGAUAUGAAUGAUGUAGAGCUACCACUUCGACCAGAAGAACGCAAACAGUUGGAUUGGAAGAAUAAGCUCUAUCUUGCUCCUUUGACUACCGUUGGAAAUCUUCCAUUUCGUCGUAUUGCCAAAAAAAUGGGCGCUGAUAUCACUUGUGGUGAAAUGGCGCUUGCUCAACAGCUCGUAUCAGGUCACGCACCGGAAUGGGCCCUCUUGAAACGUCAUGUCUCUGAAGACUUUUUUGGAGUCCAAAUAGCCGCAAGCUCAGUACAGAGCGCUACUGGAGUUGCCGAAAUAGUCUCUCGAGAUCUGAAUGUCGACUUUAUCGAUUUGAAUUGUGGCUGUCCUAUUGAUCUUGUUACUCGACAAGGAGCUGGGUCACAACUUCUUGAAAGGUCUAGCAAGCUGUCGGAUAUAGUACGAGGCAUGGUAUUUGCAAGCACAGUUCCGAUCACCAUCAAAUUGAGAACAGGAUGGUCGGCCAAGAACUCUGUUGCUCAUAAGCUUGCUACCAGAUUCAAGUUGUGGGGAGUCUCAGCUGCAACAUUGCAUGGAAGAAGUCGGGAACAAAGAUACACCAAAUUGGCGGAUUGGGAUUAUAUUCAUAAAACUGCUCGAGAUGCCAUGCAGACUGCACCUGAUUUCCCUGUUUUUGGAAAUGGUGAUAUCAUGUCCUUUGAAGAUUACCAUCAACAUUAUGAGUUGGAAGCUGUCGAAGGAAGAGGGCUUGCAGGUGUAAUGAUUGCUCGAGGAGCUUUGAUCAAACCAUGGAUCUUCACUGAAAUAAAGGAACGCAGAACAUGGGAUAUAUCUGCCAGGGAACGAUUAGAUAUCUUUUCUGACUUUGCCAAGUACGCCUUAGAGCACUGGGGCUCAGAUACGAUGGGUGUCUCAAUGGCUCGACGAUACCUCUGCGAAUGGCAGUCGUUUACACAUCGCUAUGUUCCAUCUGGUUUGUUGGAAGUCUUGCCACAACGACUCAAUGAUCGAGUACCUCCGAUUUGGGGUCGCGAUGAAACUGAGACUUUGUUGGCCAGUCCAAAUUCUGAAGAUUGGGUCAAAGUCACAGAGCUAUUUCUGGGAAAACCUGCUGCAGACUUCAAGUUCAUACCAAAACACAAAGCCAACUCUGUAGAGCAAGACCAAGGUUGA